AUCAAACAGGCCCUAAAUUUUUCUGAAAAAGAGUUUACUGUCCAUUGUAGUCCUCUCUCUGUCUCGCACCAGCAGCUUCGAGCAUGAACUCAUGAGCGCUGGAGAUAACAAAUGGAAGACUCACAAAAGCUUGCAUUGUUCCACGAAUCCGGUAUAUUCCACUUCAACGAUUCAAACACCGUUUUCAUCGAUCCCGUACGCGUUCUAAAUCGUUCCUACAACCGCCACACUGUUUCUCCAUCCACCUACUAUCCCCGUUUCUUCCAAACCCUAACCCCCAAAACCUCUAUUUCCACCACAGUUUCUUCCUCUCCCACUAAACGGAAACGGAAAAAACGAAAACGGAGUCCGAAAGAAUUGAACGAGAGAGAACAAAUUGCAUUUCAACGCCAUCAGGAAUUGAGGCCUUUGUUGGUGAAGGCACAUGAGUGUUUGUUGAAAUCGAGUGGACUUUUGGAUGAUUUGAGAACUUUGAGAAGUGGAGGUGAUUCUUGUUGCUUGAAAGAGAAAUGCGAGGGUGAUGAACAAUGCUUGGUUGAAUUGGCAGCGCAGUCGCCUGAACUUGUUCUAACGCUGAAUUUGCGUGUCCUUGAAACUGAUAAGGACUUGGGAGACUCCCCAAAUGUGCAAUACUGUGAGCAGAGGUCAAUACUUCCCGCAUUCAAUAAUUUGGUUGUUAAUGACAUGGAGGAUGAUGCGGUGGUUGAGAUUUUGAACAAUCAUUAUAUAGUUCCUCGAGAGAGCUGCUUUUACAUGUCAGAUCUGGGACAGAUUCGCAAUCUCAUUCCCGCUCAUACUGAUUGUGGUUUCAACCUCAUAAUGGUGGAUCCGCCUUGGGAAAAUGCCAGUGCUCGUCAGAAAUCAAGGUACCCAACCUUGCCCAAUAGGUACUUUUUAUCCCUUCCUAUUAAGCAACUAACUCACACUGAAGGUGCCCUUGUGGCAUUAUGGGUAACAAACAGAGAGAAGCUACGUAGUUUUGUUGAGAAAGAGCUUUUUGCUGCGUGGGGGGUCAGCUAUGCUGCAACUUUUCAUUGGUUGAAGGUGGUGAAAGCAAAUGGAUCCUUGAUUAGUGAUUUAGAUCUUUUCCAUCAUAGGCCAUAUGAAAGCCUUAUUUUGGGAUACAGUCCUGGGAAGGUAAAACAUUCUGAUAACCGAUCAAAGUUUAAGCCUUUGAAGGAUGAUCAUGUGAUUAUGAGCAUUCCUGGGGAUUACUCAAGGAAACCUCCAAUUGCAGAUUUAUUACAGGAGUACAUUCCUGGGAUCAAGCCUCCCCAAUGUGUUGAGCUAUUUGCUAGAGAAAUUAUGGCUGGAUGGGUUGCUUGGGGAAAUGAACCACUCCACUUUCAAAGUUCUAGAUAUUUUAUCAAAAAGAUGGAUAGCUGAUUCUUUAAAAAGGCUAUCCCUACUUGGUGAUAAUUUAUGGUCAUCUCUGAAUUUUCAGUCUAUGUUAAGUUUUACUACCUUUUUUUUUUAGUUGUUCUGAGUGGCUGCCAAUAAUUUUUUACUCAAAUUCACUGCUGUCGAAAUUUUGUACCCAUUCACUGCUGUUGGAAUUUUGUACCCAUUCACUGCUGUUGGAAUUUUGUACAGUUAGUGCAGUACUCAAAUUCACUGCGGCGGAAUUUUUGGACAGUUAGUGCAGUUGGUCCAUCUAAGUCCUUAGGUAGAGACUGGAAGACCCAAAUUGUGAGUUAGACAAAUUGGGAAUUCAGAAUCUCAAUUGCAUAUCUAGUUCAUCGAUGGAGAUCACUGACUUCAGAGAGUAGAGUCUGUUUUCACAAAUUUUCUAUCUGUGGAAGUGAAGAAAAAAAAUCAAAGAUAUAUAGUGAAGCUCUGGUUCUACUGGGAGAGUGUAGUAUUAAGUUCUGAUAUAUUAUUAGUAAAUUUUCUCUUAUUUUCCAUUAGGGUAUCCAGGAAAACUGGAUGGGUAUGAUUUUGUUCAAAUGUUUAUUGGUAAAUCUAAACCAGUUUAUGCAGAGAGAAAAACAAUUGGUUUUAAAGGCUCGUUUUCAUCUAAA